GCCUCUCUUCCUCUAAUCUCAAGCCUCAGAAAGAAAGAAAAAAUGAGUCCAAAUCUCCUUAAGAACAAUCUUACAGGUAAUUAUACCAUCAACAACUCUAGAAGAUUCGAAGAAAGAAACAACUUCAUCAGAUCUCCACCAAACUCGCACACCAACUUCUCUCUCGCUAGAAACCAUCCUCAUCACAACAAAUCAGUCUCAUUCUUGAAGUUGGGAGAUGAACAUGAGAACGAGAGGGGUGAAAAUGGUUUGAAAAUGAGGGGCAAAAAUGGAGUAAAUACAAAACUAUGCUCAAGAGGACACUGGCGACCAACAGAAGAUGCUAAACUCAAGGAGCUUGUUGCCCAGUUUGGCCCCCAGAACUGGAACGUGAUUGCUAACCACCUUCCUGGUAGAUCAGGCAAGAGUUGUAGAUUGAGAUGGUUUAACCAACUAGACCCAAGAAUUAACAAGAGAGCAUUCACCGAGGAAGAAGAGUCUAGGCUUUUAGCUCUCCACCGAGCCUAUGGCAACAAGUGGGCUUUGAUCUCACGUCUCUUCCCGGGUCGGACUGAUAACGCCGUCAAGAACCAUUGGCACGUCAUCAUGUCUCGACGGACUAGAGAAAGUCAACGACAGCGUCAAGUGCAGCCUCCUCAGGCACCGUCAAGAAACGCUGAAACUACAGUCUCUCCCUUGUGCCGCGGUGUGUUCUUAGGUACAGUCUCGAAAGAUAUUUUCCUCAAUGAAGAAGAUAAUGAUGGUGACGAUGAAGAUGCUUCAGCUCUCUCUACCUGUACGACAGAGCUCUCUCUCACUCCACCCUCCUCAACUCACCAGGCUCGUUUCUUGAAUUACGAUAAUGCCCUUGUGCUAGGUAAAGAUGGUCAGUGUGCGCAGAGAGCAGAAGUUAAUGGCAAAUAUAGUAAAAAGAUGGACCAUCAAAAUCACCACACAAUCACAGUCAGUGAAAGGAAAGUGCAGACGCAGAGUGGCUUUUACUUCUUUGAUUUUCUUGGAGUUGGAGCUUCUUGAUUAAUCAACUAUAUGAAGAGUUAUUCUAUGUCCAUAAGAAACUUUCUGAAGUACUUCGACCAAAAACUUUCUAAAGUUCUUCGACCAAAAAAAAUAUUUAUAUUUUUAACGUAAAUUUAGUUAUGUAAUUAAGCGCUAGUAAAAUAAGAAUUGAACUG